AACUGACAUGCAUCACCUCAAUUAAACACACAUCGAUCAACAUGGAACAAAAGCAUCUCAUCUCCGUCGCCGUAUUUCUUCUAGUUUUGCCGCUUUCGGCAUACGCAACCACCUUCGAUGUCCGGGACCACGGAGUCAAAAACGGAGAUAUCACCGAUGCUCUGUUGAAAGCAUGGAAGCUAGCUUGCAACUCGUCUACGCCUGCGAAGGUGUAUGUGGGUCCAGGUACGUGGACCCUGAGGCAGGCUCUGUUGGCGGGACCCAACAAGUCCCCCAUCGAGCUGCAGGUGCAGGGCACCGUGAAAGCCCCCGCGGACCCUUACCAGCUCCCCGACAAGCAGAAGGAGUGGAUCACCAUCAACUACUUGAACUACUUCACCCUCUUCGGCGGCGGCGUCUUCGACGGGCAGGGCAAGAUCGCGUGGACCAAGAACGACUGCCACAAGAACAAGAACUGCAUGAAGCUGCCCAUGAACCUCAGCUUCAACUUCAUCAACAACUCCCUCAUCAAAGACGUCACCACCAAGGACAGCAAGAACUUCCACGUCAACUUGAUGUCCAGCGGCAACGUCACCUUCCAGCGCUUCAGGAUCUCCGCCCCCGCCGAGAGCCCCAACACCGACGGCCUCCACAUCGCCCGCAGCGUCGGCGUCAAGGUCAUCGACUCCAUCAUCGAGACCGGCGACGACUGCAUCUCCUUCGGCGACGAGCUCACCGACGUCCUCAUCAAGAACGUCAAGUGCGGGCCCGGCCACGGCAUCAGCAUCGGCAGCCUCGGCAGGAGCACGCAGGAGAAGGACGUUAGCAAGGUCACCAUCGAUAACUGCACCUUCGUCAACACCGACAACGGCGUCAGGAUCAAGACGUGGCCGUCGGCGCCGGCCACCUUGAAAAUCUCCGAUCUCAAAUUCACCAACCUCAUCAUGAACAACGUCAGCAAUCCCAUCAUCUUCGAUCAGCAAUACUGCCCCUGGAACCUCUGCUCCCUCGACAAACCGUCGCUGAUUCAGAUUAGCAAAGUGAAGAUUGAGAAUGUGAGGGGAACGAGCUUCACUCAAGAUGUGAUGAUAUUCUCUUGCAGCACAAGUAGGCCAUGUCAAGAUGUGCAAAUCGGAAACUAUGAUCUCAAGUACAUCGGAGAUCCCACACUCGGCAACGCCACCACCAAGUGCCAGAACGUCAAGUACACUUUCACCGGCGGCAGACAGAAUCCACCCCUCUGUGCCGCGUCUAGCGCACCUAAACUUCGUCCCAAGUAAAAUAAUGCAACACCUCCGAUCUUAUCUUAUAUAUAUAUAUAUAUAUAGAAUAGCUUUUCCACAACCAAAUUUGCAUGGUUGUCAUAAAAUAAUUAGAUUAGUAUAGUAUAUAUGUAAUGGAGCGAGGAGGAUGUGUAUAUAUACAUAAUUCAUCUGCUUGCACAUUAAUUAAUCAGAUAUGUUGUUGCUUUCUUUACAUAACAA